AUGAAGUCGGUCAUCCUCUCGCUCGCCGUCGCGCUCACCAGCGCCCGCUGCGCCUUCUCGGUGGCCGUCUGGGGCCAAUGCGGUGGGGUGAACUAUACUGGUGACACCGUCUGCGACUCCGGAUCCGCUUGUGUUGUGCUGAACGACUUCUACUCUCAGUGCAUCCCUGGUGCUACCGCCACCACUUCCUCCACUACCACCACCCGGCCCACCUCGACCACCACCUCGACGGCCCCGAGCUCCUCCAUUUGCUCUGGCUCGCGCACGGCCUUCAAGCACUUUGGUGUGAGCGAGUCCGGUGCUGAGUUCGGCAACGGGAAAAUCCCGGGUGUCCUCGGCACCGACUACACCUGGCCGUCGCCCAGCUCCGUUGACUACUUCAUGAGCGCGGGCUUCAACACGUUCCGCAUUCCGUUCCUCAUGGAGCGCAUCAGCCCUCCCAGCACGGGCGGCAUGACCGGUCCGUUCGACCAGACCUACCUCAACGGUCUCAAGACGAUCGUCAGCUACAUCACCGGCAAGGGUGGUUAUGCCGCGAUUGACCCCCACAACUACAUGAUCUUCAACGGCCAGACGAUCUCCAGCACCAGCACCUUCCAGGCCUGGUGGAAGGCCCUCGCUUCUCAGUUCGUCAACGACUCGCACGUCAUCUUCGACCUCCAGAAUGAGCCGCACGACAUCCCCGCCCAGACCGUCUUCCAGCUCAUGCAAGCCGGCGUGAACGGCGUCCGCUCCUCUGGCGCAACCUCACAGAUGAUCUGGGUCGAGGGCACCUCCUGGACCGGCGCGUGGACGUGGACGAGCUCGGGCAACGGCGACGCCUUUGGCGCGAUCAAAGACCCCAACAACAACCUCGCGAUCGAGAUGCACCAGUACCUCGACUCGGACGGCUCCGGCACCUCCGGCACCUGCGUCUCGUCCACCAUCGGCGCCGAGCGCCUCCAGAACGCGACCGCGUGGCUCAAGGCGCACAACCUCAAGGGCGUCCUCGGCGAGAUCGGCGCGGGCUCGAACACGGCCUGCAUCCAGGCCGUCCAGGGCGCGCUUUGCGAGAUGCAGCAGUCCGGCGUGUGGCUCGGCGCGCUCUGGUGGGCCGCGGGCCCGUGGUGGGGCGACUACUUCCAGAGCAUCGAGCCCCCCAACGGCCCUGCCAUCUCCCAGAUCCUCCCCCAGGCGCUCAAGCCGUUCCUUCCCGUUGCUUAG